CGCCAUCUGGUGUAUGGAAAAUCGUCCCUGUCUGACGAAGCGGGCGCCAUAUUUUUUUUCCGACGGUCGUUAGUUUUGUCGAGUUAUUGCCCAAUAUUUAUGUAAAUGGCAGCGAAGAAAGGGAUAUAAGAUGCAAAAAUGACAAGGCAGCGAUGGCUGUGGCGAUAUUCACCCCACGUCCGAACUCCCAGGAUUUUCAGGAGCGCCGAAUUCAACUCGGCGAGUCCGUAAAAAUCGGUCGCUCUGUGGCGAAAGUCAAGUCUGCUGCCAGCAACCUUAUUUUCGACUGUAAAGUUCUGUCGAGAAAUCAUGCAAUCGUGUGGUACGAAGGAGGAAAGGUGAGACAAUGUACAUUCCUUUAGACUACCGUAGAAUUGUGAAUAAUCUUUUAAUGAAGCAUAUUUGAAAUUUACCCACUUUAAAAAUUAUUUCGAUUAAAGUUCAACUCUGACAACAGGUAUCGAGUUUACAAAUUUCAUGUUAUAAACAAGUUAAUAUUGCCUUUAUAUUUUGAGUUCCUAAAUAAACUCGAAUCCUAUAUCUUUUUGUAGCUUCGUCCAUUAUAUUUUGGCGAUUUAUUUCCUCGAUUCAAUUAAAAAAAAUCCUAUUCCUUGCAGACUUUGAGGUUUAAAAUUGAAGUGAAUAAUUGACUAUUUUGGCUACAUUGAGCUGUCAAAAUUAUUAAAUUUGUUGGACACGGUUAAUUUGCAAUAUUUUGGCGUGUGCCAAAAAUGUUUCGUUUUAAGAGAUUUGCUGCUUUUAAGCCUGUAUCUCGUGGCAGUUUUUCUCGGCAAGUAAACAUCUUUUGUAUAGUUUUAUAGUAUUUCAAGAAAUGUUGCAGGAUUUUACCGUUUUUAAGGCAGGGCUCCGCAAAAAUAUUCGGAAUUACAUUUUUUAAUUAGUAUUGUGACAGGAAACGAACUCAAAUUAGCUAUCUGUACAAUAUAUUACGAAAUAUCAGUGUGCAAAAUUGAGAAUUUUUUUACCUGAUAACUUUGCACAUGUUGGUGUAGUGUACUCAUGUGAAUAAGAUGCUUGUGAUGUUACUCUGAGUGUGUAUCCACACCGUGCAGGCUUGAAAAAUAUGCCUGGCCACGGUGGGAAUCGAACCUACGACCUUUGGAAUACUAGAACAAUGCUCUGCCAACUGAGCUACGCGGUCAGGUCGGUUCGAGCAGUGCUGGAAAAUGUCCUGCAGCGCCAGCAGCACCGCUGCCAGGAAAUUUUUGACAAAAUAUCUUCGCAGGAAAUUUUCUUACAACUUGCAAGAAAUUUUUGUCAUCUCGUCUACUGGAAUGGCAUAUCAUUUAUACUUAUUGUUUACAAAGACCAUUUGCAAGUCGAGAUCGUCUUGUGCCGAGAUUAAAGUUGAUCACAUUGUGCGACACCAUACGUUCUCUGAAAUCUAUAGCUAUCAUGAGGGUUUAUAUUUGACUUAUACACUGUCACAGGAAAUUUCUAUUUUUGAAUUUUGCUGCCAGGAAGAAAAAUAUAUUUUCUAGGCCUGGGUUCGAGUAUGCGAUAUUUCGGAACCGAGUCUAGUUCCUUCGAUAUCAGUGUAAUCUAAUAAUCAUGAUAUUUGCUGUGUUGGUGUAAUGUACUCAGGUGAAUAAGAUGCUUGUGAUGUUACUCUGAGUGUAUAUCCACACCGGGCAAGCUUGAAAAAUAUGCCUGGCCACGGUGGGAGUCGAACCUACGACCUUUGGAAUAAAGCUGAAUCCAGCCUGAGCCAAAUCGGCCAGACCAAUCGCUAUGCGCAAACGCGCCUUAAGAGUUUUUGGAUUUACUUUGCUUUGGAUAAGAAAGCUUGUCAUUGUUGUUUUUGAUAGGGAUAGAACUACUUAAAAAAUUUGACAAAAAAUUUUGACGAAUUUAUAUCAACACGGAAAAUGUUUUAGAUUAUUUUGUUAAAGGUGAUGUAAAGUCCGUAAUGUAAACAAACGCUUUGUCUACAUUUUGAACUCAGUGCUACAGUUGUAAAAUAUGAUUAGAUAUAUAUUAUACUGAAUUUUUAACACUUUUCUGGUUCGUUAUGCUUGUAAAUGAAUACAGACUAGAGAUUCAAUUCAAGAAAGUUCCGAGAGAGCGAAAUAUUUUAAAACAACAUUCCAAAGGUUGCUCCCCCACUGAUGGAAUGUUUUGAUGCGCAGAAUAUAUGCGCAGAACGGACUUUACCGCAUCUUUAAAUGUGUCAAAACUUUUACUCUUCAACAAGAUAUAACGUGGCAAAUAACUAGGUCAGUUUUACGAAAGAGUAUGUCGUUAAUUAACUAGUAUUUUUUACAUAUUAUCAGGGUUUUCAAUAGAAGCCACUACCGAGCGAUUUUUGCUAUCUAUAGCGUAGACAGUCACCGGCUAUUUCUGCAGAUUAUGAACCAAGAUUUAAAUUAUAUCAUCAAUUUUAUAUGAUAAACAUUCGAGUAUACAAAGUCUUGGUGAGGUACCUUUGGCUUUUCAUUUGUUUUGCCUAGAACAACAUCAGUUGAAUCGUUUUUUAUCCGGUAUAUCGAUUAAAUGCCUUGCCCUAAUGUUUUGUAAAAAUAUACGAACCUGCAAAUGUUGCUAUUAUAAUGAUUACAGUUCUUCCUGCAAGAUACCAAGAGCAGCAAUGGUACAUUCAUAAACAAUGUUCGUCUCAGCAAGGGCGCAGAGGAAAGCGACCCGAAGGAAAUAUUCUCGGGCGAUAUUGUUCAGUUUGGCGUUGAAGUUGUCGAAAACUCGAAACGAGGAGCUGGUAUGUGAUUAUCAAAAUAUUGAACAAAAAACAUUAUAGUCUAUGUAUAAUAAAUAUUAUAUUGAAUACCAGCAUUCCCCCCUUGAUGAGUAAAAUUAUCUGGCAUUGGACAACGAAUAGGGUGCCCUAAUGGGCCCUACUUUAUUAUUUUACUCUGCCCAUGGGCAUACCGGAAGGAAAAAAUUAGGGGGGGGGGGCGGAAUGAAAUUUGCCCGACUUUUCCAGAUUGUGCCCGACCAGUACUGAAAAAUUUUUUUCCGAAAUUUAUUUUGGCGACCCCCCCCUCACCAAAAAAAUUUCAGUCAGUGUACCAUUUUAGGGGUCAAAAAAUUUUUCGGACAUACCAAAAUUUUUCAGAACAUCACACAAAUUUUCGAAAAUUGACACAUUUAUGAAAAUUUACCACAAAAUUGAUAGAAUUUGUCCCAUUUAUUUUUAUAAUAAACCAAAAUUGCCUGACUGUUGAGCGAAUAUUGCCCGACUGCCCAACAAACUUCCCCUCCCCCCUGCCCGGUACGCCACUCUGCCUAACACCAGACGAUUUUACUGUCAAGGCAUAGAUUAUAGAUCAUACCAGAUGUCUUACUGUGUAUCUAUCCCUAUGAUUUUCGUGUCCGCGAUUUUCGCGAGGCUAUCACGCCAGAUGACGCGUGCGACACUUACUGCCAAAAUGGCGAUUACUGCCAAAAUGCGUGAUUGCUCAUGUUUCAUGGCGUGGAUUACACUUACUGCCAAAAUGGCGGCCAACACGUGCUCAUAAAAAAUCACGGACACAAUUUUGGCUGAGUGAGACAUCUGGUAUGAUCUAUAAUCUAUGGUCAAGGAGAGAGUGUGCCGGCUCAACAGGUUAACUACCAUAACCGGUAUAUUGUGACACCGGGACUGUGUUACCUGCACUAAUGUCACAAAUUAUUGAUUCUGUAUCAUAAUUAUGUUGCAGUUACUCAUGGUUGUAUCAUAGCCACCUUAACAUUAUUUGGUCCCGACGGUAAUGAAGCGACGCCCGCACAGGUAUGUUUAAGGUAUUAUCAUCCAUUAUAAUGGUAGUAUAUACAUAGGAUUGGGCAAUUUAUCAAUAAAACCGAAAAAAAUGAUUUAAAAAAAAAACCAUUCAAUCGAUUUUUCUUUUGACAAAAAAACGGAAAACGCCGAAAAAUACUUGAAUUCGUAUUCAUAUUCUGUACCCUGGCUUAUUUCAGAUGUGUGUAAAAGCGAAAAUAAGACUGAAAUAUUCGUAAUUCGCAACCGGAAUGGACGCCACAUUUUUUUUACCCAGUGUUUCCACUAUUUUAUGAAGUUUCCUUUAAAUUUUCAUAAGGAAAUUUUCAUUAAAAACAUCUUUUUUUCGGGGGUCUUCAGACGGUUUUCGGUUUUUACCCUGAACCACCUAGCCUGCGAACAGGCUCUCGAGCUGAAUUGAGAGCCUGCAUCGAUAACUAAUGAAUUUGAAUAUCUGCCCCGUAACGUUCGUUUUUCCAAAUAUGGAAUGUCUAUCCUUAUAUGGUGUUGCAAACUAAAUUUAGACCGUGCAAACUAAAUUUAGACCGCACCGUUUAUACUGUUUUUCGAAAUAUAAGAUGUUCAAGCAAAAGUUCAAAUGUUUUAAAUACUGUUUUCUCAAAACAGAACAUUUUGUGCUUUGAUAUAAGACGGCCAAGACCAAUUUGAUCAGUUAAUGUGUUUUUUGUGGACUUUAUGCAUAGUGCUUCAAGCAGUUGACAUACAUAGAGCUCAGCGGAAACAUAUAAAUUACAGCAUCUGACCAAUGAGAAUUUCGCGUCACGAUUUGAGACGCAGAUAUUCAAAUUCAUUAGUUAUCGAUGCAGGCUCUCAAUUCAGCUUGAGAGCCUGUUCGCAGGCUAUGAACCACCCAACCCUAUAUAUACAGUAUGUUUAAAUGUAAUAUGUCAUUUGUUAAUUAUUAUUAAUUGUCAUUCUUAUCAAUAUAGGCAAGUGGUAGUGGUGUCCAGUCGUACGAACUUUGGCAGCUGUCACAAUACAUCCAGGUUAGAGCCUGUUCAUUUGAGCUCAGCUACGCACAUAGAAAGCUCACAUCUUGUAGCAAGUCUGCCAACGAGCCGUCAACAAGUUGUCUAAACAGGUUACAACAACUGGGUACAAGCAGUGCGAACACAACUUGUCGACAGCUUGUGAACAGACCUGUAACAACUUGUUUGCGAGAAACUAAUGACAGUGAGUUCGCAUGCCCAGGGUGGGGAAAACGAAUUCUCUUCCUGCAGACCAGUGCUAAAUCUGCAUGUGCAUAAACAUAUAGUGUUCUAGCUGACCAUGGUUUUAAAUUCAAGGAAUAAUGUCUGUCAACGAUAUGUUGUUGCGCCCAUAGUGGGACAUAGGUGUUAAUGUUUCCUUGAAAUUUUCAAUAACAAAUCUUCAUUCAAACAAAUUUCCUGCAGCUGUUUAACAUUUCCUGCGAGCAAUGUUUGUGUGCUCGCCUAUUUUUUCCACCCCUGUGCAUGCCCCCUGUCAAUGAAUAUAAAGUUCAAUUCAUUUUCUGUUCAUAUGACAAACCAGCCAGCCCAGAGGUGAGAUCUUACCUUGCGCUACACACGUAAAAACGCCCAAGUUGUUACAGGUCUCCAAACAAGUUGUUACAAAUCUGUUCACAAGCUGUCGACAAGUUGUGUUCGCACUGCUUGUUCCCAGUUGUUGGAACAAAUUUGGAACAACUCUUAACAACUUGCAACAAGCUUGAUGGCAUUAUCAGACUUGUUACAAGGUUGUUCUAACAAGUCUGAUACAGUCAUGAUAUAACAAGAAUGUCACAAGGUUGACGACACAAGGUUGUAACAAUAUUGUUAUAUCGUGACUGUAUCGGACUUGUUGGAACAACCUUGCAACAAGUCUGAUAAUAUCAACAAACUUGUCACAAGCUGUUAACAUGUUGUUCCAUACUUGUUUACAACUUGGGACAAGCAGCGCGAACACAACUUGUUGACGGCUUGUUGGCAGACUUGCUACAAGAUGUGAAUUUUUACGUGUAUAGUGGGGUCAAGUGGGAUAAAAUUUUCCACCUGAACACUUCAUAUUGCUUGAUCAGGAUGGACAUUUUUGGCCAAUUUUCAACAAAACGCAAAAUUGGUUGGACAUUUUGCCCUGAUGCAAAAUUGCUGCAGUUUUCGUGGAAGAAUAGGACUGAUCACCCCGUGAAGCAUACACAAUUGUUGACGUGAAUUACCCAAUUUUUGGUUGAUAUGGUGGUUUGUAUUUAUGUCAACUUAACGACUCUUCUCUAGGAUGCUUUACAUCGUGAACAAAUCCUGGAAAAUAAGAUUGUGACGUUGCAACGAAUCAUUGCCGACGCACAAACAACGACUGGAGAAACUUUUGAG